AUGAGUGACUAUCCUCAAGACGAGUACUCCGAGGAGCAAUCCUACGAGGAUCAGAGCUACGAGCAAGAUCCAGAGCUGGCAGCGACCGAAGAAAUUAUUGGAGAAGAAGGGCAUGAGGAGGAGGCUGAGGAAGAAGCAGUUGAGGAAGAGCCCACUGAGGAAGAGUCUGUCGAGGAAGAAGCAGUUGAGGAGGAGCCCACUGAGGAAGAGUCUGUUGAGGAAGAAGCAGUUGAGGAGGAGCUGCAAGAAGAGGAAUCUUCCGACGAGCAGCCCGUCGAGGAGGAGUUGCAAGAAGAGGAGGCUCCCGAGGAAGAGCCCGCCGCCGAAGAAGUCUACGACGGCGAGACCCUUGAGGCCCCUGCCGAGAACAGCGGCGACGAGGAUCGCUCUCUCGACGCCGAGGGCUUUGAGAUCACGCUCGAGAACCGUACCAACGUCGAGCAGGUCUUCUGCUACGUAACAGGACAAGCCCUUGAUAACGGCAACAGAGUCUGCUUCGUUAAAGCUGAUAGAAGGACUACCUACUUCCCUGAGAACAUCACCGAAGUCGGUUCCGAAGUCCCAGAGGACUGUGCCAUCAGACUUGGUGCCCCGGGCGAAACUAUCGCCGUGACCAUCCCCCACAUCGCAGGAGGCCGGAUCUGGUUCUCCCUCGACCAGAAACUAACCUUCUAUCUCAACCCUGGCGGGAACGGGCCGGCCAUUGCCGAGCCGUCCGUCACCAACAAGACCGACCCCAACAUCGACAUCCGAUGGGGCUUCUGCGAGUUCACGUACAACCGAGAUCAGAUCUACGCCAACAUCAGCUACGUCGAUUUUGUCAGCUUGCCCAUCUCCAUGCGCCUCGAGACGACCAGCGGCGACGUACAGUCGGUCGAGGGACUCUACCAAGACGGCCUCGAUUCCGUCGUGGCAGGGCUCCGCGCCAUGGACAGCGACUACGCUGCCGACUGGCAAUCGCUCAUCUACCCCGGCGACGGCACGCCCCUGCGCGUUCUCAGCCCGAACAACGCGCACGUCUGGUCCGGCGGCAAGGCCUUCGCCGGCUACUACGAGCCGUACGUGCACGCGGUCUGGGCCCGCUACCGCAACGAGGCCCUCCUCGUCGACACGCAGGCCAGCUACGGCACCCUGGAAGGCCGCUGCGACGACGCCGACGAUGGGGACACCCUCGUCUUUGGCCGCCACGGCCGCUUCGCCCGGCCCAGCACCGGCGACGUCUUCAGCUGCAGUACCGGCCCCUUCCGCGAUAACCAGGGCGCCAUGGGUCCGCUCACGGCGCGCAUCAGCGCCGCCCUCAACCGCUCCACGCUGUUGCGCAAUCCUGCGCAGCCGACGGCGGAGACGGUUGCGAGUUUCUACGCCCACGACGUCACGAACCACUAUGCGCGGUUGGUGCACGCGGCGAAUCCGGACGGGAGGGGCUACGCUUUUCCGUACGACGACGUGCCGGCGCCGGGGGAUGUUGAUCAGUCGGGCUUCGUGACGGGCCAGCCUCGGGCUUUCCACGUCUGCAUCGGCUCGGUGGUUCGUCGAUCUGACUCUGAAGCUGUGGCCGAGGAGGGAGGGCUGGAGUAG